AUGCCAACUAAUCGAAACUAUGGUGAUGCGGCGCAAGCCGCGAUGAACUUUGCCACAAAGUCAGGAUCCCAGAGCAUUGCUCCUCUGUUGCCUACUCGAGAGUUACGUGACCGAAUUGAAAAGGGAGAGAAUGUGGUUUUGGUGGAUGUCCGUGGGAGUGAAGAACAAGCUGUCUCAAUGAUUCCUGGUGCUGUGACAAAGGAAUAUUUUGAGUCUGACCUUCUGCCAAAGCUUCUCGCAAGUGACCCCUCUGACAAGGCACCACUGGUGGUGCCUUACUGCACAGUUGGCUUUCGUUCUGGAGUGUAUGCGAAAGAGCUGAUUGAGCGGAAAGGGCUGAGGAAUGUGCGCAAUGGUGAGGGUGUCAUCAUGUGGACAUUUGACGGAAACGGCCUCGUGCAGCCGGGUGGCCCAGGUUCGACCGUUGCCCAGGCUUUGGGACGGUCGGCCGAAGCUGAGCUUGCCCAGACUGCCUGGCCGUCUGUAACUCGGGUACAUGUCUUUGGAAAGCCAUGGGACAUGGCUGCAGAAGGCUACACGACUGAGUACUUCUCUAAUACAGGUGGUGCUUGGCGCUUUGUCAAACAGAAGUGCUACAAAGCUGGCCCAACAUUUCUGCCAUGGUUCACUGUCUUUCUCCUCUUCUACCUGUUCUUUACCCCAGCCUGUGGAGUCAUGUACAGCUGUGGCUGUCGUUUGGCGCUCUCAAAGUUUGGACAGGUGGAGACAUGCAAUAUCUACUGGCCCGAUCAGCCACCAGAGCACAAAUGCCCGUGGUGCACUUGUCAAGGCAUUGCUUGCAUUUUUGUAGCCAGCGAUGCAAAAGCAUUUCGCGGUGUUUUGUUGUUGGACAUGCUGCCGGAUGGCUUUAUUGUGACUCUGGUGACCGUGCUUGUGCUCUACUUCACCUUUAAGGCAGUGGACCGAUUUCUGCGACGCAGAAAUUGCGGGGAUUGUGCAAUUGCAGCGGUGAAGACGGCAACAGCAAUCUCAUGGCUCCUACAGCUUUUAGCAGAGGGUACUCCGGAAGAGGCUGCAGAGUUCUACUUCGAUCCGUGUUUGCUGCGACCCAUGGAAGUGAUCGACCCUGAUGCCUUGCGUGCCACAGUGGCGAGGGAAAGAGACCUGCAGCAACUGGCGCAGUGGGGCGUGGAAUCCUCUCCCAGAUCUGCCCGAUCCGUGAAAUGGAAGGCUCGGUGCGCUCGGGCUUUGUCCAGACAUCCUGGACUUUUGCUUCUGGAUGAGGUGCUCGACCUCAUGCCGAGGCCUUUGCGGCUACGCUUCGCAGCGGACAUGCACACAGCAGCUAGGAAGUCUAACUUCGCCACGGUGUCAGCCACUCACUGUUUGGCGGCUGAUGUGAGCUGGCUUCGGGACUCUUGUGAUGAGGUUUGGAUUCUUGAGCAACGCCGAUUCCGACGUCUCAGCCCGCAGAAGAGCAAUGAAUUCGAGGAGAUCAAGCGCUAUGCGGCCCUCCGCAGCCGUAUGGGAAGUGUGAAUUCUUGA